AUGAAUCAAGUGUUGGUCAUUUGUUUGACAGUAUAUCUAAUAAUAAACGUAAUCUUAUGUGAUCGCUGUUGUAAAAUUAAUUCAAGACGUUUACCAUAUUACAAACUUAUAAAAUCGAAUGCUCGUUCAAAUCAGUUAAUACUUUCAAGAAGAACUGUACGAAAUGUGAACGAAUGCAGAGAGUUUGCCUUGGCUAAGAAGGCUCUGGCGUUUAACUAUGGCUUAGAAAAGAAAUGGGAUUCCUUAACUACUCGGAACAAAAAACAUAAAAAAGUAAAGAAAAUUUGUCAGGCUCUUCAGUGUCCAGAGAUUCAUAAUUUUACGGUUCUUAUUAGAGAUAAGAAUUACAAAUAUUAUAGUAUGUACCCCAGCUAUAUCUUGCCCGGUCCAAACUUAACAUUGGCUUGCAUCCCUACGGCAGGUGUGUUCGUAUUUUCGAGUAAUAAUGUGAAUUAUAGCCAAGCACAAAAUUCUUGCCAAAAAAUAAAUUCAUCACUCGCUCAUAUAAUUAGUGAGGAACGCACGAGUGGUUUGGCAAAAUAUAUUUCCCAAAAUACACCAACCUUUGUUGGACUCAGUAACAAUGACCGUGAGAAAAUUUGGAAAAACGAAUUUGAUGAACCACUUUCUUGUUUUAAGUAUCGAGCAUGGGGAGAAGGCGAACCAUCACACAUAAAAGGAUGUGUUGGUCUUGUGAAAUCAUCCAACUCAGAAGGUGGUUCUUUUUGGAAAGUUCUACCUUGUAACAGUCUACUACAUUUUAUCUGUGAAAUUUCACCGAUAUAUAAAUCUUUGCGUAAUUAA